GGCGGGGCCGGCGGUCCCUGCGGGCCGCAGCGGCCGUUGGUGCCGGCGCCGCCGGGUCGCGAGGAGCCAUGGCGGGCGCCGAGCGGAAGAAGCACGUCCGGUUCGCCCCACCGGGGGAGGCGGCGGCAGCGGGGCCGCGGCUCCCCGCCGCGCCGAGGGCGGAGGUGGCGGUGGUCGGCGGCGGUGGCGGCUGGCGAUGCGGCCGGGGAGGGGAAGGAGCCGCGCUGAGGUGGAGCAUCUCCGUGGCGCUGUGCGCGGCCUUCCUGGGGCUGGGGAUGAGCAUCGCGGUGCUGGGGCCCACCUUCCCCAACCUGGCCGCCAACGUCCACAAGAACGUCAGCGACAUCUACUACAUCUUCGUGGGCCGCUCCUUGGGCUACCUGGGCGGGUCGGUGCUCGGCGGGGUGCUCUUCGACUGGAUGAACGCCCACCUCCUCCUCGGAUUAUCCAUGUUUGGAACAACAGUUGGUCUUUAUGGGAUACCCUGGUGUGAGAAAUCCCUGCUGUUGACUGUCUUAAUGUCAGUUAUUGGAGCUUCCAUGGGAAUUCUAGACACAGGUGGUAACGUGCUGGCACUGAACACCUGGGGAGCAGAGGCUGGGCCACACAUGCAGGCCUUACACUUCAGUUUUGCCGUGGGUGCGUUCGUGGCUCCGAUCCUGGCUAAAAUGGCCUUGGGAGGCUCCGAAUCUCAAGACCUUCCAGCAGCCGAACACACAAACCAGUCUGUGUGGAGGUCUGUGCCGACAGCAUCAGCUGCGUCAGCGCUGAAACACCAUCUUGGUGCAGAUUUUUUGUGGUCCUAUGUUGUCAUAGGGACCUAUCUUCUGUUCGUGUCUUUCUUCUUUUUUAUUUUGUAUUCAAAGGGCAGCUCAGCUCGAGACAAAUCCAAGGCUUCUUCGCAGAAAGGCACGUUUGCCAAAUACCACUAUGCCCUUAUCAUUCUCCUCUUCAUCUUCUUCCUCUUCUACGUGGGGGCAGAGGUGACGUACGGCUCUUACAUAUUUACUUAUGCAAAGGUCUUUGCUGAGAUGAAAGAAAAUGAAGCAGCCGCUUUGAAUUCUGUCUUCUGGGGGGCGUUUGCCGCUUGCAGAGGAGUGGCGAUAUUCUGCGCUGCUUGCUUGUACCCUGGCACCAUGAUCCUGCUGAGCAUCGUUGGCUCUGCCGUCUCCUCUUCGUGCUUGGCCUUCUUCGCGAGGUACCCAGCCUCCCUGUGGGUUGGAACCGCCGUGUACGGAGCCUCCAUGGCCACCAUCUUUCCCAGCGGCAUUUCCUGGAUAGAGCAGUACACGGUCGUGCAAGGGAAAUCGGCUUCUCUCUUUGUGAUCGGCGCCGCGCUGGGGGAGAUGUGCAUUCCUGCCGCCGUGGGGUAUCUUCAAGGGAGGUUUCACCAUGUCCCCGUGGUUAUGUACACCGCCUUGGCGACUUCCGCGAUGACAUUUGUACUCUUCCCUCUGAUGUACAAAUUGGCCAACUCUCCCGGUGAGAGCAACUUGAAAGAAAUGAGUGAGAGCGAGGACAGGAAAGCUUUGUUGUCAAAUUCGGGGCUUAAUGAGGAUGAAGAGGAUGAGGAGGAUGCAGGAGAGUGGAACGAAGCAGACUUUGAGGUAAUAGAAAUGAAUGACACGCUGAGAAACUCUGUGAUAGAGACCUCCCGUAAGAUCCCAGGGGACUCUGCAGCCACAGUCUCUCUCCAGCAACAUCUGGACGAUGUAUUGCGUGAUUCUCCAGCGGUUGCCGGUGGCUCCCCUGGGAGAAAAAACGUGAAUGUUGACCGGGAGAAGAAUGAUUAAAGUAAAAACUGACUUUUUUUUUUUUUU